UAUGAUAURGAGACAUUAAAAUUAAAUAAGAUAUUAAAUAAACAUAAAAUAAAUAAAGCAGUUAUUAAUUUUUUGAAGGAAACAGGACUAUUUAUGAGAAUUUAGAUCAAAGGGAGAUACUSUGGUCCACACUCCAGCAUAGUAGAUGGCGAUAAUACAUCUUAACGUUAGAUGUCACCCGCCAAUAAAAACAGAAGAAGAAGAAGAAGACCAUUGCUUGGUUCCUGUCCUGCCCUGGCUCCCCUGUGUUUUCCGCUUACUUCUCUCCCUCCUGAUUUCUAGCCCCGGGACGUCUUUUCAGAAGCCCUGACAUGCAACAGACUCCUCCGUGCUGCCCUUCUUACCCCAUCUGCUGGACCGUCCGUUGAGCCGAUGGGUGCCCACUCCGCCGAGCCUUCGCUGCAGGGUAAAGGGGACUYGACUGCAGUCUCCCCGAGCUCUUCAGGUUGCCGCCGCCACCGGAGGAGAACGGCAGCUUUUUCGGGGCCAGUUCCGGUGGUCUCUCUACCUUUCUCCGCCGAGCUGAUGGGUUCCUGCGACCCAGAGACGGUCAACGCCUCCAUCUCCUGUGUUCCUGAGAGGGUCGACGCCUCCAUCUCCUGUGUUCCUGAGGGGGUUGACGCCUCCAUCUCGAAGCCUCUGCUCCCUGUGUGGGUUCCCUUGGGGAGAGGGAGAUGGUGGUCACUAUGUUCACUGCAGCCUUGGUGGAGGUCCUUACAUACUUCAACUGAGCCCCCCUCUGCUACUGCUGGGCCUCCUGAGCCCUCAUCACCUGCUGCAGCCCGUGAGGUGGUCCACAACCCUGCUGCAGCCCRUGAGGURGUCCACGACCCUGCUGCAGCUCAGACCUCUACACUGCCUGCUGCAGCCUGGCCUCCAGAGCCCUCUUUGCCUGCUGCAACCUGGCCUCCAUCGCUGUCUGCUACAGCCCCAUCAUUUUCUGGUCCUGCUCCAAAAUCCAAGUCUUCUGUGUCCAUGCUGGCCUCCAGUUUAAAGUCUCCAAAAGUGGCCCCUCUAGAGUCUCCAGGUCUCCAUCCUCGUCGUGGCCAGGCUCCAGGUUGUCCACCAGAGCUCCGCCUCCAACACGGUCGGAUCCAUGGUUGCCCUCCAGAGCUCCGCCUUCGCUACGGCCGAGUCCACGGUCGCCCUCGCAAUUAAAUAUACGCCUGAGGAACACAUAAUAUUACACCUCUUAAAGUACAGAAGUAAAUGUAUCAUUUUUAUGCUUUGAAUGCAACAAAAUAAAAGUUAAAGUUACGAUUAAUAAAAUAUUUGGUAAAAUUACAAAUUCUCA